AUGCACUGGCACGCCGACGACAACAAAUACACCAAGCUGCUUCAAGGCCUAGCAACCUCGGAUCAUAUUGAUGGACCCUAUGAGUUCCAACACGCAAUUGCUCCCCUCGGAAACUGGUCUCAAGAUUUUGGACUCUUCACCGACUACAAGGAUGGUCAUUCGUAUGCUCUCCAUUCCAACGGCGACCGUGUCGAGGGCCGCGAUGUAUACAUCACUCGCUACAAUAGUAAUAUCACCUUGCCUGAGGAGGUUGUUUAUGGCUUCCCAAAAUUCGACCUGGAAGCUCCAACGAUCCUUCAAACAGAGCAUUCUUAUUACGCCAUCAUGAGCCACAAGACUGGAUACAGGCCUAACAACGUCGUUGCUUUUCGGGCUGACUCUCUCGCUGGGCCAUGGUCUAUGCCCUUCCUCGUAGCACCGCCUUACACACGAACCUUUAGCACGCAGUCGAGCUUCGUACUGCGUAUCAAUGGAACGAAGAAGACUUCUUACCUUUACAUGGGAGAUACUUUGAAUCACUCAGAGAGCCGAAACACAUGGUUGCCUAUGGAAAUCGACGAUCGAAAGGGCACUUUAAACAUCGUCUGGCAUGAUGUUUUUGAUUUAAAUAUCAAAACUGGUGAAUGGAAACCAAUAGAGGGCAGGUCAUAUUGGGCUAGGCAUGCCCGAACGACUGGUGAUGCUUAUCUCCAGGAAGCCAACUUCGCCGGAAGCGGCGUGAUGGCAACCGGAAUAUUCGGCAACACCAGCCAAGUUGUCUUUGAAGUUGAUGGGGCAGGCAAGGACCAAUGGGUCUCCUUCUACCACCAGAAUAUCGAUGACAUGGGUUUCGGCGAUCAACCUUACGGAAACCCUGACCGCAUUAACGGAACUUGGGCGCUUCGGCGCGUCAGCGGCGUUAUUGUCAACGAUGAGGAGUCUACCGUCCACACUCUAUACCAGAAAGAUACACACAAGAGCAUCAUUCUGUCCUCGCCGCUACUGCUGCCUUUAAAGAAAGGCAAGAACAAGAUCACCAUCGGCGUUAUGUUUAACGGAAAGGAUUAUCAUGGUGAUGAUAUCGAGAAACUCAUUGUUUAUCCGCCAGAGAAUGUUUAA